AUGCCGCAGCUGGACGCCGGCGGAGGCGGCGCGGGUGGCGGCGGCGGUGGCGGCGACGACCUCGGCGCGCCCGACGAGCUGCUGGCCUUCCAGGAUGAGGGCGAGGAGCCGGACGACAAGAGCCGGGACAGCGCCGCGGGCCCCGAGCGGGACCUGGCCGAGCUCAAGUCGUCGCUCGUGAAUGAGUCCGAGGGCGCGGGGGGCGCGGGCGCCGACGCCGGGGCCCGCGGCGAGGCGGAGGCCGGCGCCGAGGCGCUCGGGCGGGAACACACUUCGCAGAGACUUUUCCCGGACAAACUUGGGGAGUCUCUGGAGGACGGCCUGAAGGCCCCUGAGUGCUCCAGCGGCAUGUACAAAGAGACGGUCUACUCCGCCUUCAAUCUGCUCAUGCACUACCCACCGCACUCGGGAGCCGGGCAGCCCCCCCAGCCGCAGCCCCCGCUG